CAAAGUUUCCGAGUUAACUCGCUGGUGUUGAUCAUUCGCAACGCUCUCUUCCAGAGAUACACAGAAAUGGUGGUCUCUCUCUUUUCCAGGUUUUAAUUUGAGGAGCAUGUUCUUUGGAGACGCAAUGGAAGUGGAUUUAGUUACAAGCAGCGUACAAGAGGGAGGUGCUUUUGGAGUUACUGAUACUUAUAGCAAUGAUAAUCCUAAUUUCGAGGGUGAAACAUGUGGGAUAUGCAUGGAUGCUGUUAUCGAUAGGGGUGUUCUGGAUUGCUGCCAGCACUGGUUCUGUUUUGCAUGCAUUGACAAUUGGGCUACCAUUACAAACCUCUGCCCACUUUGCCAGAAUGAAUUUCAAUUGAUCACAUGUGUUCCAGUAUAUGAUACUAUUGGGAGCAGAGUGGACGAGGACUCACCUUACAGAGAUGAUGAUUGGAGUAUUGAAGGAAAGAAUAACACCCUCUCAUUUCCAUCAUACUAUAUUGAUGAAAAUGCAGUUAUCUGCUUGGAUGGAGAUGGUUGCAAAAUUCGAAGUGGCUUAGUGGCUAUUGAGGGUGAUUCCAAUCUUGAUACAUCAAUUGCUUGUGAUUCAUGUGACUUAUGGUACCAUGCUUUCUGUGUGGGAUUUGAUCCUGAGGGCACAUCUGAGAGUACAUGGUUAUGCCCCAGAUGUGUAGUUGAUGAAAUCCCGAAAAAAUCAGAUACAGAUUCAGUACAGAGGUCUAACAGCCAGUAUAGCCCAGAAAACGCUAAUUGUGAAUCUUUAGCUAAGGAUAAUAUUUCUGGAAAGGUAUCUGUAGCUGUGGCUGAUAGUGGUGAGACAGCUGUUGUAGUCUCAAUGGUUGGAGAAAAUCAACGCAUCGCGGAGCCAAGUAAGAGAGUUUUGCCAACCGUUGAAGUUGGCAAGGACCUGGAGUCUGAAACAUUGGUAUUGGCUUUUGAGGAUAGCCACAAGUUGGCAAGGCCCACUGGGGAAAGAACUAUUACCCAGCCAAUUCUUGGAGCUCAGGCACUAGAACUAUCCCUAUCCUGCAAUACCUCCAAUGUACCUUCAAAUUCUUUAGCACAGCAGUUUAGGAUGAGUACUGAUGGAUCAACCAAUGAGCUUAGUAGUUUUGAUUGCAUUGGGAAUCCUUCCGGAGAGUCUUUCGAUGAAUCACACAUUAGUAACAAACUGCCUGACAGUGAUUCCAAUAUGGGUCUUGAACUCGGGUUAUCUGUGGGCUCGUUUCUGUCUGCUGUUGACCUGAAUAAUAAUGGAACUGAAGAUGUGAAGCAUCACAAUCCUAGAGAAGAAUAUUUGUCAAAAGCUGCCAUUCUUGUACCAAAUCAAGAGACUGAACAUUUGAAGUAUCACAAUCCUUCAGAAGAAUAUUCGCCGAUAGCUGAUGAGAUUGUACCAGAUGCUAAUUCGGAUGCUCCUGGAAUUGCUGUUGGUGGAAAGAGAAAGCAUACUGAUUGCAGUGAUGACGUUCAUACCAUUGUUGUUGAUGAUGGAGAUACUAACCCUAAGAUUGAGACCAAAGAGUCUGUUAAGAAAAUCAGACAUGAGGAGAAGACUCAACCAAUUGUUUCCAAUGACCAAGCCAAAGCAUCUAUAUCAGAUGACUCUAAAAACUGCUCUAGCCUGACAGUAGUUCCUAAAGAUAGCACGUUAACUUUUCAUCCUGUUGAGGAGAACAUCACUUCCGAUAUAUUGAGCAUUGUUCGAACUACAAACCGUAAAUCUUCCAAGGGGCUUGCACGCCCUAAUCCUGCUGAUAAAUCAUCACAAGAACAAGAAACUAUGGCUGGUUUGAGAGUUAAAAAGAUCAUGAGGAGAGCUGCAGAGGACAAGGACUCAUCCAUGGUAGUUCAGACACUGAGAAAAGAAAUAAGAGAAGCUGUCAGUAACAACUCUUCAACAGAUUUUGGCGCAAACCUUUUCAAUCCAAAGCUUCUUGAUGCCUUUCGGGCUGCUGUAGCAGGACCUAAAACGGAGCCUGUUAAGAAGUUAUCACAUUUGGCAGUGAAGGCAAGGAAAGCAAUGUUGCAGAAGGGGAAAGUACGUGAGAAUCUAACAAAGAAAAUUUAUGGGACAUCCAAUGGAAGAAGAAAACGCGCAUGGGACCGGGACCGUGAAAUUGAAUUUUGGAAGCAUCGCUGCAUAGGAACUACUGAGCCAGAAAAAAUUGAAACUUUGAAGUCAGUUCUUGACCUUCUGAAAGGGAGAUCAGAGGGUGCAGGCACAGAGCGGGAGUCUGAUAGGCAGUCCACAAAUCCAAUUCUUUCCAGGUUGUAUUUAGCAGAUGCAUCUCUACUUCCAAGAAAAGAUGAUAUUAAGCCUCUCUUAGCUCUUAAAACUGCUGGUAAUUCAGAGCAGAAUGAUAAACAACCCACCUUGAUUGAAAAGUGUUCAAAGUCGUCUCUUAAUGAUUGUACUUCAAAUUCCACAGAAACGAGUAAGGUUUUAUCAAAAGGUGGGAUUCCUUCAUUAGAGAAACAUGGGAGUAAAAGUAAUGUUCCAAGCUCAGCCAAUGGUGUUGCUUCUAGCAAAGUACAUCAAGACAGACACGCAGAAGGGUCUUUGGUUUCUUCAGCUGGUGGUUCCAAAUCUAUAACCAAGAGGGAAGUGGUUGAAAAACCUGAAGAUAUAAAAAGUGACAAAAGAAAAUGGGCUUUAGAGGUUCUUGCCAGGAAAACAAGUGGUGCAGGCGGGAAAGCAGCAAAUGAAAAACAGGAAGGCAACACUGUGCUCAAAGGAAAUUACCCUUUGCUAGCUCAAUUACCAAUAGACAUGAGACCAAAUUUGGCACCCAGUCGUCAUACUAAAAUCCCCUUAUCAGUGAGGCAGACACAGCUUUACCGUCUGACUGAGCACUUCUUGAGGAAAGCAAAUCUUCCUGUGAUCCGUAGAACUGCAGAUACGGAGUUAGCUGUUGCAGAUGCAAUUAAUAUAGAAAAGGAGGUUGCUGAUAGGUCAAAUAGCAAGCUAGUGUAUCUGAAUCUAUGUUCCCAGGAGAUAUUGCUUCGUUCAGAAAAUAGGAAGUCUAGUGGAGCCCCAGUACUUAGUUCAGCCCCAACUUCAGUCCCUGCUGAAAGAUCAGAACAAGCUGCGAAUGAACUUUCAACUGAUCCUGUAAUUGAAGCAGCACUGAGAAAUGCCGGUCUUCUGUCUGAUUCUCCUCCAAAUAGUCCACAUCCCAAUAUGGAAGUUCCAGUUGAAGAAGAUGGCCCCUCAUUGGAUAUCAGAGAGGAAGGGCCUGAUAAUGUAUUUGAGAUGGAUUUUCAUCCAGACCUGGACAUAUAUGGGGAUUUUGAGUAUAAUUUGGAAGAUGAAGACUACAUUGGUGCUGCUGCUACAAAAGUCUCUAAUGCACAACCAGAAGAAGGGGCACCAAAAUUGAAACUGGUUUUCUCUACACUUCAGCCUGAAAGAUCUAAUCAUGCUCUAGAUCUUGAAAAGACUGAGAAGACUGAAGUACAAAAAGAUUCUUCCAGCAUGCUUGGGAAUCCUACUUAUUCAGGUUUGGAACAUUCCACCACAGACGGUGGGACUGACGAGUCUUGUGCUCCUUUGGAAUCCUUAUUCGGUAAAGAAGGUGAAGAGCUUUCUGUUGCAGAGUGUGAAGAAUUAUAUGGACCUGAUACAGAACCACUGAUCAAGCAAUUUCCAGGAGCAUCAGAAAAGCAAUUGGGAUUACUUGAUGAAGCUCUGGUUAAAGACAAAGAUCCUAAAGAGAAUGAAAAUAAUGAGCCAAAGCCAAACCAAUCAAUAAAAACAUCUGGAAUUGGUAAUGAGAACAAUGCACAAAAUAUGAUGGUUGCCAGUGCUGGUUGCAACUCCUCUGGUGGUGAAGAUUCAACGAACCAUCCCCAACCAGGUGGAAAUGUUGAAAGUAAGGAGAAGAAGACCAGUACGGUCGCUAACAAUCAGUCUAACAGCAGCAGUUCUGUAUCUAAGAAGGUUGAAGCCUACAUUAAAGAGCACAUCAGACCGCUAUGCAAGAGUGGCGUGAUUACAACUGAACAAUAUAAGUGGGCUGCAGCCAAAACAACUGACAAAGUUAUGAAAUAUCAUUCUAAAGCCAAGAACGCAAACUUCCUAAUUAAGGAAGGCGAGAAGGUGAAGAAGCUCGCAGAGCAGUACGUUGAGACAGCCCGACAGAAGGAAAAAACCGAUCCUCUAUAACAACAGUUAUUUUUGGCUCACAGAUUAUUCAGAAUUUCCACUCUUCUAAUUGGUGUAAUUUGUAGAUAGGAGACAUUGUAUAAAAACAUCCCCAACCCCAUGCAUUGUAUAAGUUGAUGAAGAAACUCGUGUCGACACAUGUAUCCCGGUGAAUUUUCAUAUGCCUGAGCAAAAAGCGUAUACAAGUAUAUCACAAUUUAUUGUGCAUGGCA